AUGCCAUAUCCAUGUUGGACAUGUCGCAACCGCCGCAUUCAAUGCGACCAGUCUGGAACACCAUGCACCAAGUGCGAAAGAGCCGACCUGGAGUGCUUCGAUAAGAGACCUCUGAGGUGGGUCAAGGGCGUUGCGAUUCGCGGAAAGAUGCAAGGCCAUUCGUACGAGAGUAUAUCAGAUGGAUCAGAUGGAUCUCCUGUGCAAACUCCUAGAACUAUCGAUUCCGCGCUAUCGACACCGAAUACAUCGCCCGGCCCGCUGGUCCAAGGUAGUAUGCUGCCGGCUGCCUUGCAAGAUCCGCAUAUGUCAAGCCUGGAUCAAACUUCGAAAUAUUAUAUAGACUACUAUAACAGACACAUAUGCAAAUUGUUCAUUGUAUACGACAGCGCCAGGAAUCCAUUCCGGAGCUUGCUCUCCUUUGGAUUGAACGACCCGGUCUUACAGAAGGGCAUACUUGCUCUCGCGGCGCGGCACCAUGCUAAUACAGGCCAGUCGUUCCAUCAAGAUCAACCUCCGACAUCUCCUGGCCUCAUUAAUGCCAAUCGCGAUGCGCUACUUUUCAAACACCAAGCCAUGGAAGCUCUCUCCCAGGUACUUGGUGACGGAACAAUAGGAAAAGGCGACACAACCGUUGCUAGCAUAUUUCUUUUUAUUUUCCUGGAUCUCCUCGAAUCUGGGAGUGAAGGUUGGAAUUUCCAUCUUGAGGGUGCUAAGAGUUUGAUUACAUCCUACCAGCCGCUACUGGAGUGGCAAGCUGGGGUCAAUGAUGGACCUGGCCAGACGAUACAGGAGAUUCGGGGGUUUAUCUCCAAUCAGAUUCAUUUAAUCGAGACGCUCGGGGCAACAUUUUUACGACCGAAACUACUGUCAGAAUUCAUAUUUAACGGCCAAGCAGAAAGGCAAUCCCAGGAAAAAAUCGAGCAAUCUUUCCUUGGAUGUCCAGAGUUCCUGUUGUCGGCGAUACAAUAUCUCUCCAAAGAAAGGGACGCCAUCGCAGAACAGCUACCGGACGGUGCCGCUCUCCAAACACAUAUCCAAGACACCACCGCGAUGCUGGACCUCAUCCAAAACUUUGACAGUUACGCUUGGGCUUCGAGUCUGCGACAGUCUGCCCCAGAAAGAAUCAAUUAUCUCUGCACAUUAUCGCAGGCUUUCAAAACCGGGGCUUUGCUAUAUGGGAGACGCAUUCUGGAUGUACUGACGGAAACCAUCACAGUGCAGGACGAUUUAGUCUUUGAGCUGUUGGGUCUGAUUGAUAUUUUGAAAGAUGACGAGGCGCUUUUCAAAUGUAUUCUGUGGGCUAUCUUCGUGGCGGGCUUGGAGUGUCGGUCUCGCGCCCAGAAAGAUUUCUUGGUUGAAUCGUUAGAGAAGUUUUGGACUGCUACGAGAUGUUUGAAUGUUGUCAAUGCAGCGAAGAUUAUGAAAGAUUAUUGGGACCAGGAAGAAGGCUUGGAGAUAUCGUCGCGGUGGAUAUUUGAUAUUGGUCGUUUGGGUCGUGACUGUCUUCUGAUAUAA